AUGUCCAUCGCAGAGAGCGUGCAGAAGAUCCAGGCCUUGCUGCCAGACGCACUACGCAGGCCGAUUUGCGGCAUAGUAUGCGGCUCCGGCCUCUCCGAAUUGGCCGACACGCUCGUGGACCGGAUAGAUUUGGCCUAUAGCGAUAUUGGCUUCGCUGCUGCGACAGUGCAUGGCCAUGCAUCGUCGCUUGCCUUUGGCCUGCUGUCAGACAAGCGAAUACCUGUCGUGUGCCAGCUUGGCCGAUUUCACGCUUAUGAAGGCUAUCCGCUCUCGACGGUCACUUUUCCGAUGCGGGUCAUGAGCAAGCUCGGCGUUCAAACCGUCAUCAUCACAAACGCUGCCGGGGGUGUUCGCCCUGGCCUGGCCGUCGGUUCCAUCGUCGUCCUGCGCGAUCACAUCUCGUUGCCCUCACUCACCGCCAUGAACCCUUUGAUCGGCCCCAAUAUCGCAAAUGCUGGUCCUCGGUUUCCAUCAAUGAGCGACGCCUACGACUUUGAAUUACGCAAGCGAGCCUUUCGCGCAGCUCGCAAGAUUGGACUGCCUCGAGAUGUACUCACCGAGGGCACCUAUGCAUGGGUUUCCGGGCCGACAUACGAGACCAAAGCAGAAUGUCGGUUCCUACGAGCAGCGCAAGCGGAUGUUGUUGGGAUGUCGACGGUGCCAGAAGUCAUUGUUGCGAGACACGAGGGUCUCAACGUGAUCGUUUUCUCCCUUGUCUGCAAUGCCGUCAUUGAUGCACCGUACCGAUCAGCCGAAGAGGAAGAAGAGGCAGAAUAUCAGGGCAAGGAGCUUCUGAUAGCAGAACCUAUCGAGGCCAUCACGACUCAUCAAGAGGUCCUGGACACGAGUGCGCGGCGAGCGGGAGAUAUCCGCGCACUCGUCACGGAGAUUGUCUAUACGUUCUGA